UCUGGAUUAGGUUUGAGGAAGUUCCCUGGUACAAGUAGUAUAGAUGUGUCUUAAAACAAAGUUAGGAACUAGGCAUGUCCAAGUGUUAUUUUUAUUUUUAGCACUAGCAAUAUGUUUUUCAAUGAGAGUCAACAUGAGUAUGGCUAUUGUUGCUAUGAUAGAAGGUGAUAUCGAUGGAUCAUUUGAUUGGGAUAUGCAAAUUCAGAGCUACGUCUUAACUUCUUUCCUCUGGGGAUACAUAGUACUACAGAUCCCUAGUGGCGCACUCGAAGCUAAAUAUGGGGCCAAACUGCUCCUUAUUUUAUGUAUAGUUGUAAACUCAGCAGUCUCUCUAACGAUACCCGCCAUGGCAUAUAAGGCAAGGUGGACAGGACUCUGUUUCUGCCGUGUUAUACAAGGUCUCGCUCAAGGCUGCUUAUUUCCCUCAACACACAGUCUAGUCAGCAGGUGGAUCCCUAUCCAUGAAAUGGGAUUACUAGGCUCUGUGGUAUAUGGUGGAACGUUUCUGGGCACAAGCAUACAGUUAUUGGUAUCUGGUUUUAUUAUACAACAUUGGGGUUGGCCCACAAUUUUUUACGUCAACGGAACCUGUGGGACUAUUUGGUUCGUAUUCUAUAUGUAUUUUGGAUCAGACAGUCCUCAGAAAUCUAAUCUUAUAAGUACUGAAGAAAAACAUUACAUUCUAUCGUCAAUGCAAGUCUUUGAGGAGUCAAAGCUGAAGAAUACUCCUUGGAAGCAGAUAAUGUUAAGUUGCCCUUUCUACGCGCUACUGACGUCACACUGCGGUCAUAACUGGGGGUUCUGGACGCUCAUCACAGAGUUACCGACGUACAUGAACGAUGUUUUAGGCGUACAUAUUUCACAGAAUGGUCUUUUACUAGCGAUCCCCUAUAUGACGCUAUAUGUCUUGAGUUUUCCAUUCGGAUUCCUGACGGACCUUGCAAUGAAGCACAACUGGUGCAGCAUCACCACUUGUAGAAAGACAUGCAAUUCUAUUGGUGAGUUUGGUCCUGCAAUAAUGCUUAUAGUAUUAUGUCAGUUACCUCCUGGUCAGGUCACGUUGACUGUUGCUAUGUUGUCAGGCGUGGUUGGACUCAGCGCUGGACAUCUGACCGGUAUAUGGACAGAUCCAAAACAGUGGCAUACUGUGUUCUAUAUAUCAUCGGCUAUAUACUUCGUGACCAACUUGGUGUAUAUCAUAUUCGGGAGCAGCGAGGUGCAACCUUGGAACGACCCUGACUACAUGGCCACUCCGACAACCCCACAAAGUAACUAA